AUGGCAGUACCUUUACGAACCAGUCUUAUCAUUCGUCAAGUUUGUCGCUUCGUUCCACGUGGUAGUAGAUUAUGCGACUCCCUAUCAAGUAACAUCCAAGGCGGUGGAUUUAGCGGAAUGGAGGACGACGAUUUCGAAGAUCUUUACGGCGACGUGGGCGCGGCGUCUGUCCCCGCGAGCGCCACCGCCGCUCCCGCAUCCGUGCGAUUGGCGUACGACUACGGGCUGGGCGGCGACGACGACCUCGAGGAUGCCGACGACGAGGCGCUGCUCUACGGCUUCGCUCGCCGCACCACCCGCUCCUGCGAUUCCCCCCCGUCGAGUCCACCCGCCGCGGCCGCAUCCGCACCCAACGGCCGCGAGGCCGUGCACGAUGCGCCGGUAGCAGCAGCUAUCCCUCCCCCUCUCACCUCGCCGCCUGUUUCGCCUGCUGCCACUCGUCCGUCUAAUGCCGGAGAAGCUUUUGACGCGGACGGCGGAGAGGCACCCUGUGCUUCGUCGGCGCCGUCGGGCGGUGGAUCGCCGUCGCGCGGGCGCGGCGAGGAGGAGCAAGGGGAGGCGGAGGAGGAUGAGGAGGAUGCGUUUUACAAUCAGCUGUACGGGGGAGCCAAGGAUCGCGCGGAGGAGGAGGUGGAGGAGCGGGAUACGAGCCCCAGUGGCGGCAAAGCAAGCGGCAUUGGGGGGAAAAGCCGCGCUGAUGAGGGCGAGCGGGCGGCGCUGGGCGCCGACGCCGCUGGUCCGACCUCGAACUCCCAUGACCGCGCUGCCUCCGCCGCCGCUGAUGACGCUGCUCUAUUGAAUGUGCCUGUAGCGGGAGACAUUGAUCAGCAUGCCGAAAAGGAAGAUAUUGUUGGGGGUUUGAAAAGGGAAGGGGAAGAGGAUGCGGAAAUGCGGAAGGCGGAGGAAGGGCGGAAGGAUGCGGGCGCAAGGGCGGAAGGUGCUGUGGACGCGGAGAUUGCAGGGCGAGGUGGCGCAGGGGGUGUUAGGGUUGGGACCGAGGGAGUGGGGGGCGAGCAGGAGGCAGCAGGAAGGGAGGAGGGGGAGGAGGAGGAGGAAGAAGAGGAUUUGGAGAAGUUUCUAUACAGCGGGGGCGACGGUGAUGGUGAGAGGGGCGGUGACAUUGGCGGAAAUGAAGGCGCGGAGGGCGAGCAGAGCCUGCACCCCUUCGCGGAGCUGGACGCGGAAGAGGCGGAGGAGGCGGAGGAGGCGGAGGAGGCGGAGGAGGCGGAGGAGGCGGGGGAGGGGGAGGCGGAGACGUUAAAAGGCGAGCAGGGGAAAGUAGAGGGCGGAGCAGACGGGCGAGGCGGGGACGAGCGGGUCGCCAUGGACGGCCAUUCCCCCAUGGGCAUGGAGGGCGCAGGCAUGGGCACUACCCCCCCCGGCCCCCCUGGUUCCGCCCCUGGCGCGCUUGCUGCAGGGGGAGGGCCUGGGGGAGCUGGCGGGCAGGGGGGAGGGUGGGCAGGCGGCAUGGGGGGGCGAAUGGGCGCAGGGGGGCCCGCAAUGGGGGGAGGGGCGGGGCAGCAGGGGCAGUACCAGCAGCAGGCGGGCGGGCAGGGGGGGAGGCCGCCGGCAGUGUGGCAGCAUGGGUCGGGGCGGGGGUAUCAUAUCGAGAUCAACCUGCCGCCCACCAAGACGGUGUUUGACCUGGACAUAGACAGCUUGGAGGACAAGCCAUGGCGGAGGCCAGGAGCGGAUGUGAGCGACUACUUCAACUUUGACCUCAACGAGGCCGCAUGGCGCCACUAUUGCCACCGCCUCGCACAGCUGCGGCUGGAGGCGAGCAUGCAGAGCCGCAUUCCUGUGUUUGAGUCGCGCAUGCCCACUGAGCCUCCUCUCCGUCCUGCCUCCCUUCCUCAUGCCCCCAUUCAUAACCCCCGGCUCAUACCCCACCUCCUCUCUCUCCCUCCUCCUUCUCUCCUCCUUCCCCUUUCCUCCCCUCCUCGCCCCUGCCAGGACAUAGACCCCGAGAUGCCGCCGGAGCUGGUGACAGCUGUCACGCACGCCAUGGUCAGCCGCCCGCACGCCGACGCCGUCUUCUUCGUCGAGCGCCGCCCCUCAUGGGAGACCCGCCGCCCGCGCCCCGUGGACGCUGACGUCAUCAUAGAGGUGCCAGUAAUGGGGCUGGCCAUGGACGCGCCUCCUCCACAGCCCCCUCCCCCCGCCGGCCCUCCUCUCGGCACCGCCCCCCAUGCUGCUGCUGACGCGCACAGAGGCAUGGGCGCAGCAGGGGGAAGCGGAGGGGGGGGAGCAGGGGGAGGGGCAGGAGCAGGGUCAGGGGGAGGGGGAGGACCUAGUGGCAGUGCAGGGGGGGGUGGGAGGAUGCAAGGGGAGGGGCAGGGAGGCAGGGCGGUAUCAGGGCAGCAGGGCGCACCGGGGGGAGGGCCGGCCAGCUCAGGUGGAACCCCAGCUGUUUCUUCAGGUGCCGCUGCUGCUGCUGGCCCGCCCUCCCGUGCUGGCUCUGUGGAGGGCGCAUCUGGCGCAGUGGCAGGGGGAGCAGGGGGGGGAGGCGCAGGGGCACCCCCUGGUGCACUUCCCCCGCCUCCCCCUCUCCCCCGAGGCCAGCAUCCCCCCUUCCCCCCCAUGGUAUGUCAUGUCAUGUCCCUCCACAUGCCCCUUUCUCCCGUGUCUCUCCUCCCCUCCAUUCACCCACUCACUCCACCCUUGCUCCUCCCAACACCCCUUUCUCCCCCCUCCCCCAGGCCCAGUCCGCCCAUGGGCAUGAAGGGGGGAAUGCUCCCCCCGCACAUGCUGCCCCCCCAUGCGCACCCCAUGUUCCUCCGCGGCCCUCCUGGGGGCGCUGGCCCCAUGGGCGGACCCAUGGGCGGAGGCAUGGGGGGAGGCAUGGGGGGAGGCAUGGGGGGCGCAGGGGGACCCAUGGGGGGAGGUGGCAGGCGAGGAGGAUUCGAUAUGGGGGGCGGAGGGGGGUUUUCCGGGGGGAUGGGCAUGCACCGCCCCCCUCUUUCCCCCUCUCAUGCUGCCAGCUAUGCGACCGGGGGGGAGAGCAUGGGGGAAGGGGAGGGGCGCGCAGGGGCAAAGUCAAGGCGCCAGGGGAGGGGGAGGGGGGGACGGGGGGAUGCGGAGGAGGAGGAUGAGGAGGGUGUUGGGGAGGAUGAGGGUAUGGGGAGGAGGAGAGAGGAUAGGAGGAGAGGGCAGAGGGAUUGGGACGAGGAGGAGGAGAUGGAGAAGGGGAGAGGGAGAGAGGGAGGGAAAGGGCGAGGUUGGGACGAAUAUGGGGGCAAGGAGAGGAAGAGGAGGAGAAUGCGGGGGGAGGAGGGGCAUGAGGAGGGGGAUGAAGAGUGGGAUGAGGAGAGGGGACGGCGGGGGGAGUGGAGGGGGAGGGACGGCAGGGGGGAGAGGGAGUGGGGGAGGGAGAAGGGGGGCCUGUGGGGGGAGAGAGACCGGAGGGGCGGAAGGGGAGGAGAAGGGGAGGGGUAUGGGCGGCGGGCAAGGGGCAUGGGGAGAGAGGAAGGUGGGUUUGGGGAGGGGCCUAUGGGGGGGAGGGAACGAGGGGAGGAGAGGCGGGGGAGAUUCAGGGGGGAGGAGGAGGGGCGGAGGGUGGGGGAAGUGGGGUGGCGAAGGGAUGGGCGCGAGGGGGGUGAGGGGGGCCGAGUGUCAGGGUUUGAUAAGCGCGGGGGGGAGUUUGGGGAGGGGAAAGAGGGGAGGCGGGAGAAGAGGGAAUGGCAGGAGGAGAGAGGGGGGGAUGAGAAGAGGAGGAGGGGAAUGGGUCGGAGGGGAGAGGACGACAAGGGAGGGGAGUUUGGGCGUGCCAAGGGAAUGCGCGGAGGGGGCGAGUGGGAGGAGGAGAGGGAGGAGUGGGAUGGGUGGGGAGAGAGAGGCGCAUCUGUGGAAAGGCGGGGGGGACGAAGGGGCGAGGAGGAGGGGAAGAAGGGCAGGCGGGGGGGGCGAGAGGAGUGGGAUGAGCGCGGAUGGGAGGAGAAUGUGGGCCGGGGGGAGGAGCAUGUGGGGAAGAGAGGGAAGAGGGAUGGGCGGGAGGGGAGGCAGUGGAGGGAGGAUAGGGAGAGUGAAGGAGAUGAGGACUGGGCGGAGGGGAGGCAUGAGGAGAGUGCGAGGGGGAGGGGCAUGAAGGAGAAACGCGGGAAGGGAGGGAUGGAAGAGGCGAGGGGCGGAGGGGAGGUGGAUGGGGAAGGGAGCUGGGCGUCUGGGGGGAGGGACGGGCGGAGGGAGGGCGGGGGUAGGAAGAGGAGAGGAGGGUCGAGUGAAGGAGGGGAGGAGAUGGAGAGUGGCGGGGGGAGGGGCGCUCAGAGGGGAGAGGGCAGGGGAGAGGAGAGGGCAGCAGAGAGAGGAGAGUUGAAGGGCGGAGGGAGGGGUAAAGGGAAGGGGGCUGCGGCAGAGAGGGAGGAAGGAGGUGAGGGCGAGAGGAGGAGGGGGCGGCGGGAGAAGCGGGAAGAGAAGGAAGGGGAUGAGGAGGAGGGGAGGGAGGGUCGGGACCAGAGCGAGAGAAAGGCGAAAGAUGGAGAGGAGAGAGAGGAAGAGGAGGCUAGGGAGGGUAAGGAACGGGAAGGGAGAGAGGGGGAGCAGGGGGAUGAGGAGGAGGAGGAUGCGGGGGGAGAUGCGGUGGAUUAUGGCAGCAUGUGGGACGCCGAUGGCGAGGGGGAUGCGGCCCUGCACCCCAUAGAGAGUGGUGGGGGUGAUGGGGCGGACGGCGGAGGUGGGGGGAUGGGAGGCGACGGGGACGGUGAGAGGGAGCGGGGCAGGGGGGGUGACAGGAGGCGGAGGGAGAGGGGGAGAGACCGGGAGAGUGAGCAGGAAAAGCACGAGCAAGAGGGGAGGAAGCUGGAGAGGGACGAGGCAGCAGCAGCAGAGGCGCAGGGGGAUGGGCGUGGCAAUGACUCUACAGCCAUUGAGCGACCUCCCACCCGUUCUGCUGACUUUGACGAUGAUGACGUGGCAGUGCCAGCUGGCAUGGAGGAGCGGGAGGAAAAGGAUAGGGGGAAGCAUGGUGAGCAGACAAGAGGGGAGAGGUCAAAAGGUGGGGAGGCGGGCGACAGGGGAGGAGAGGAGGGGGAGGGAGGUGAGGGAGGCAGAGAGCAUGGCGGGGGAGAGGGGCGGGCGGACGAGCGAAGAGAUGAGGAGAGGGGAAAGGAGGAAGCAAGGGCAGGAGGCGGGGAGGAGGAGGAAGAGUACGAUGAUGAGCUGGCAUUUGAAGGGGAGGACUAUGCUGACGUGUAUGAGGAGGAAGAGGAGGAGCAGGAGGAGGGGGAUGAUGGGGGCAGGGAGGGCCGGGAGAGGCAGAGGGGUAAAUGGACGCGGGAGAGGGGUGGUGAGGGCGAUGAACGCCUUGAUGCUGCUGCUGCCACCGGCGCAGGCAGGCGCUCUCCCCCCCAUGCCCACCCUCACCAGCACGAAGGAAGGUUCCAUGAAGGCGGGAGGUUCGGCGGAGGGCGGGGCAGGGGCGGGCGAGGGGGCCCGAUGGGGCCCGGGCACAUGCAUGCACAUGCAGGUGGACAUGCGUAUGGGGGCAGACACGGGCGGCAUGGGCGAGGGAGAUGGAUGGGGGGCCGCAUGGGGCCGAGGGAUAUGGGCAUGGCCAUGGGCAUGAUGGGCAUGGGUAUGGGCCCGGGUGGUAUGGGGCCCGGUAUGGGGGUGGGCAUGGGUGGGAUGGGUCCGGGUGUGAGUGGGGGAGUUGGCAUGGUGAAGGGCGGGAGGAUGAUGGGUGGGGGUGUGGGGGGAAGGGAGGAGUAUGGGCAUGGCCCUCCCAUGGGCUAUGGGCGAGUGGCUGUGGAUGCGCCACUUGGCAGGAUGGGAGUGGACGGUGGGGGAUUCGGCAGGCGGGGAGGGGAGAUGGUGGGUCGAAGGCAGGAGGGGACGAGGGAUGGUGGGGUGGCGAUGGGAGAGAGGGAGGAGAGGGACAGGGAGGGAGGGGAGAGGAGGGGGGCGUGGAGCGAGGAGCGGGAGGAGAGAGGUGAGAGGGGCGAGAGGGGCGAGAGGGGCGAGAGGGGCGAGAGGGGCGAGAGGGGCGAGAGGAAGUGGAAGGAGGAGCGAGAGAAGGAGAGGGGUCUCAAGGAGGAGCGUGGAGGGAGUGUGGGUCCUGAGUCAGAGAGGAGUGCGCGGAGAGGUGUGAAGGACGAGAGGGGUGAGAGGAGGGAGAGAGGCGAGCGGAGCGAGAAGGAUGAGAAGAGUGAGAAGGGCGACAAGGGUGAGAGGAGUGGAAGAGGGGAUAAGGGAGAGAAGGGGGGGCGAGAGCGAGAGGAGAGGGAGGGAGGAAUGGAGAGGGUGAGUGAAGAAGGGAGAGGUAGGGAUAGGCACAAGCAGAGAGGAAGGGAGAAGGGCGGGGAGAAAGAGAAAGGAGAGAAGGAGAGGGAACGGGAGAGGGGAAGGGAGAGGGGAGCAAGUGUGGGGGAUGAGCGUGAUAGGGAGGUGGCAGGGAGGGGGGAGGAGAGGAUGGGGAUGAAGGGAGACAAGGAUGGGAGGCGAGGCGAGAGGGACGGAUGGAGAGGCGGUGAUGGCAUGGGGCGAGAGGGGAUGGGACGAGAAGCGAUGGGGAGCGAAGGUGCAGGCAAGGAGGGCCCGGUUGUGGACCUGCGGGCCAAGCUGCGCGAGGAGAAGGAGAAGGGGCGUGGUGGGCGCGGCAGGGACAAGGAUGUGAGAGAGUGGGAGGGGGACGAGCGCGAGGAGAGGAGCCGCGAGCGCGGCCGGGGGAGGGAUGAGAAGGAGAGGGGCAAGGAGCGAGGCAAGGAGAGGGGAGGGGGUGGCGGGAUGGAGGGAUUGGGCGAGGCAGCAGGGGAGAGGAGACGCGGAGGGGAGGCACGCGAGGGGGAGAGGGGCGAGCGGCAUGCACACAGGGGCGUGGGUGCUGGUGCGGAGGAUGGCAGGCGAACAGGCACUGCGCCCCACUCGCCCUCCCCCACUGCCGCUGACACCACUGGCGCUGCUGCAGGAGCUGGUGGCGGUGGAGUGCGGCGCAGUGCGGUACAGCGCACGGACGGGCAUCUGGUGGUGCAGGUGGGGGGGCGAGCGGGGGAAGGGGCCGCGGACAGGCGGGGAGGGGGCGCGUGGCGGGAGAGUCAGGGCCACCUGGUGGUGCACGUGGGGGGCGGGGGAGGGGGCGGGGAUGGUCGCAGGGCGAGUGGGGGGGAGGAAGGUGUUGCGGGCGCGUAUGGAGGGGCGAGUGGUGCAGGGGGGAGGAAGCGCAUGUCAGAUGACGGCGGGGACAGGCGCGGUGACAGGGAGGGAGCAGGCGAGGGUGGGGGGGGAGUGGGGAUGGGGGGAGAGGCGGGCAGCCUGGCAAGUGGUGGUGCUGGUGGCAGGGCGGAGGGUGAAGGGGUGGGAGGAGGGGAAGGCAAGACGGAGCGGCCGGCACGCAAAAGGCGGUGGGCGUGA